AUGACUGUCACUGGAGCCGACGUAUCAUUUACUGCCUCGUUCUUGACUGUCGGCAAAGAUCAAAUUCCUAAAGACUAUAUCUAUGCCGUCACUCGCACUGAUUCUCUCGCCAUUCCAGCCGCUGGUUCCCAAAAUCCAAUCCUAGCAUCAAUCAAAAACGACGGCAUUCACGUCCUGAUACACUCUCUGCAACUCAAAAACAACUCGACUACAGUAAAACCUCUAUUUAAAUACUCUCUGAUCGCAUUUGAGACACCAUCCGAAGCACAAGCCUUCGUAGCCUCGGCCAAAACUUGGUUGGGACAUAGAAUCCACAAAAAGCUCUUGGUCGUAAUCAACCCCGUUUCAGGAACUAAACAGGCCAAAGAUAGAUGGACCAAGACCGUCAUUCCCAUGUUUGAUGCUGCUGAAGUACCUUAUGAAGCUAGAUUCACGGAGAAGGCGGAACAUGCUACUGAUAUCACAUCAAAGAUGUCCUUGGAAGCCUAUUCUGGUGUGAUCUCUAUUGGUGGAGAUGGGACAUUCCAUGAAGUCCUCAAUGGCUUGCUAUUACGUCCGGAUUGGCAAGAAGCAGUCAGCAGCAUGUCAAUAGGAAUGAUAUCAGGAGGCUCCGCAAAUGCCUUUCCUAGGUGUAUUGAUGCCUUCACUGCCGAAUUAUCGACCUUGACUAUAAUAAAAGGUUUUCAGAAACCAAUGGAUAUGUUUGCUGCCGUGACUCCAAAAGCCACCAUAUACUCCUUUUUAUGUAUAUUCUACGGCUUUAUAAGUGAUGUCGAUAUAGAUAGCAAUAAUUUAAGGGCUCUUGGACCUGUACGGUUUCCCCUCAUGGCUUUGUACAAGCUUUUAAAGCUACAGCAAUACGAGGUCAAACUGCAUCUAUUACCCGCCGAUGACACGACCGUACAACCAAUAGAACCGCCAUCCCUGCCUAUAGAUUCACCUCCGCAAUUCGGCCCACCGCUGAAAUACAUAGUUAGACCCGACAGCCAUAAUUCUUUUCCCGUCCAUACCGAUGCCUCAUUGAUUUACUUAAACGUGAUGAAUUUACAGUGGGCCUCGAGUGACUUUUUAGCAGAAGUUAAUGCCCGCAUAUCUGAUGGCUGUCUCUGGUUGAAUUAUGGGGAUUCGAGUAUCAAACGAGGUGAACUACUUCAGCAAAUACUGAAUCAAGAAGCUGCCUUGGACUCGGAGAAUCCAAAGUCACAUAGAGUAGCAGUAAAAGCCUUUGUAUUGGAACCCGUCAACGUACACGGCAAGUCCUUGGCUAAACAAAAGGGGUCAAAGAAAGCCAUUAUGGACGUAUCAGGAGAAGAAGUAGAUUUAGGACCUAUCAGGUGUGAAGUGUUGCCAUCGUUAGUGACUGUCUUUGUACCGCCGUGGUUUAAUGAAGAAAAGUUUGUUGGGGAGGCUGCUGAGCUUCGAGCCAAGUUGCAUGAUAAGAGUAAAAAGGGCUUUUGUCGCUGA